AGUGUCAAGAUAUUAUGAUCAAAUUUUCAAAACAAUACUCUCAAAUAAUUUUUAAAAUAAUUAGAAAACAUGGAAUUUAGAGAAAAUGUGUACUCAUAACAUAAUGUCGAAAUUACAGCUAUCAUUGGCUAUUAUCAAGCCUCAUGCAGUAAAAAAUCCAGUCGCCCUCUCAUACAUAAGAAACGUUAUAAAAAAUAAAUUUGUUGUGAUUGAAACGAAAAGAGUUUUCCUGGAUCAAGAAACUGCCGGUAAUUUCUACAUAGAGCAUGCGGGAAAGUUCUUCUUCAACCGGCUUGUAACUUUCAUGUCUAGUGGGUAUAUAGAUUUACACAUAAUUGGGCAUACAAAUGCAAUAGAACUGUGGAGGAAGAUGCUAGGUCCAACCAAAGUUUACAAAGCGCAAUUUGAAGAUCCAACUUCUUUGCGAGGCAUGUUUGGGAUAUCUGAUACUAGGAAUGUUGCUCAUGGCUCAGACUCGCCAACAUCAGCAGAGAGGGAAAUCAAAUUUUUCUUUCCCGAAUUCUCCUUCUACGAAUGGCACACAAACAAAGAAGAGUUCUAUAGAAAAGGGCCCAUUAUAUUUAAUAGGCAUUUGUUUCAGCAUGUUAGAAAACUGUAAACUUUGUUAUGUACUAAUAUAAUUAGUAUAAUGUUUGUUUAAUUUUGUUCAUAUUGAAUUAUAGUCUUUGUUUUAAA